AUGCAACUUAAUUUGAGUGAUAUUUUGUUGAACUUAUUCAUCUAUUUCUAUCCCAUAAAAUAUAUAAAUGAUAGAUACUCCUUACUGCACUUAUUUGUUCAAUUUAUGUUUGUGAUCAAUAUUAAAUUUUGCAGAUAAUAAAUACUUUUUAAAAUCAUAUUUUUACGAUUAGAAUUACAUAAAAAUUAUUCAUUAUAAAAAUUUAAUAUCAAUUCAUUCAAUGCUGUUAUAUUUAAAAUACGAAAAAAUAUUUAAUCUAUUUAUAAAACAAAUUAUUUAUUAAAUUAUGAAUCAAUAAAAUCAGAUUCCGAUAAAAGCUAAUUAAUUCUCAACAAUAAAUCUAUGAAAUUUUAUUCCAACAAAUGUUAAUUAAAUUUCAACUAUAAAUAAAUUAAAUUUCAUUAAUGA